ACCACAACCCUACAAAUAUUGCGAGCUGACCGAGCAGAACCCUUGGUCAGUCAUGAUGUGGUCUGUGAGUGUUUGUGUGUGCUUCGUCGUCAUCCCAACAAUGGUCUCCGCUAAGAUCACUGAUAGAAGAGGACCGCUGAAUCUGUCGUUUUCAAAGAUGGCUGUGUUCAACGAAGAGCCCUGUACGAGCCAGGGGGGCGUGUGCCUAGACACGUCCGAGUGUCCAGAGGGUAAGCUGGCCGAGAAGAGAGGACUCUGCCCGGAGCAACAGAAGAGAGGGGUAGAGUGUUGUUUGGCAGCAGUGGGUCGCAGCGUCAAAGAUUGCCAAGGCCUGGGAGGAGUUUGUAGGAAGGAUUGUCCUGCCAACAUCUCCAUCAAGGAAGCUGAAGACUGCAACGACCAAGUCUGCUGUGCCCUUGUACAAUAAUUGAUUUUUAACGUUUAUUUCAUUGUACAAACGAAUUUCCAAUAUGCCAUUGUUAUAAAAUUCAAUUCUGAAACAGUGAAAACUUAAAAACGUACUUAACAUCGGGGUCUCACUCCUAAAAAUGCUCCUGGCCGAAAAAACUGGGGUUCUUUAUCAGUAACAAAAUCUUUAUUAUAAUAAUUUAUUCUACACUUAUCUUUUUCAUUUUUCACUCUAAGCCACACACCAUUGUUAGCGUUGGUAUAUAGUUGUGUGAUUUGAAUUUAUUUAU